AAAUAAGUGUAAUUUACAGAGCGGAUGUGUGUAAGUGGAUGUAUAUUGAUUCAACAUACAACAAUAUUGAUUGAUGAGUUGUUGUUGUUUUUAAAUAAUUAUAAUCAUAAUUUAUGGAAUAAUUAAUUACAUAUAGGACUUUAUGAUGAUGAUGAGUAGUAUUCAAAAUGUGCGGGAAAUGAGAGGGAUACAUACACACAGGUGAAAAGAGAUUGUUUAGCUAAAUGGUCGGUGGUGUGGUGAAGAGAGAAAUGAGUAUUUCCUGAAACUAGACAAAGAUUCUUCAUUAUCUGGAUGCUUUAAACUAUGUCGCGAAAACUGGUUUGUUUCAUGUGGACAAUCGUUGUAAUAACUGCAUUUUACAUUUUGUUGACUGUGAUGACUGGUUUUAGUGGACGGAAAGGAAAGGUGGUAUAUAUGCACGGUAUUGAUGCGUUUUAUAGAGACAUAGGAAUGAGAGGGUUCGAUCGAAAUUUACUGUUCCGAGAAGGUAUUGGUGCUCAGGGCGCAAUUGAUGAAAUGAUAUUUGACCAGUCUUUAGAUAAAGACUUACAAUAUAUACCGGGUGUUGACGACAGUGUUAUAGAUCAGGAAGUGAAAAAGAUUUCGUUUAAAAGAGACGAUGCCUCCUUGAUUAACCAAAGCGUUAAUGUUUCCGAAAAGCAGCAAGCUAUGUUGGAAAAAAUAGCCGCGGAGAAAAAGCUUGCUAAACAGUAUUACCAGCUAAGAAAUAUUAGAAUAAAUCCAUAUGAUUUUAAGUUUGUUGAAACAGGUGAAAAUAUUUGUGAUACUAGCGAAAUUCCUUUUUUAGUCAUACUGUGCCUAACAAAAUAUUACGACAUUGAAACAAGGGAGGCAAUCCGGGAAUCUUGGGGCAGUGUAGCGAAAACAAGACAAUGGCCAUUGGUUCGAUUUUCAAUUCCUUCUGUGAAACUUGUGUUUUUAUUAGGUGACCCCGGUGACUCACUUGUUAAAAAUACCAUAAUAAGAGAUGAGAAAAAUAGAUUCGGUGACAUUGUUGUUGGUGGAUUUAAAGAUACUUAUUCUAAUUUGACCCUUAAAGUAAUGAUGGGUUUAAAAUGGGUGACAAAAUAUUGCCCUAAAGCAAAAUAUGUUGUAAAAAUAGAUCAGGAUACAUUUUUACAUGUUGUAAAUCUAAUACACUAUCUUAGCUCAACUUUCAUGCAAAUUCCAAAACAAGGAGUUGUUAUUGGUUACCAGAAUAGAGCUCCAAAAGUUCUAAGAACUGGAAGAUGGGGCGUUGAGCGCUCAAGGUUUCCGAUGACUAAUUAUCCGAAUUAUACAAAUGGAAAUUGUUACGUCAUUUCCGGAAAUGCUGUUAGCAAUAUAUUUGAAGCAGCCGAACGAAUGCCAUAUAUAACCGUCGAGGAUGCCUUUAUUACAGGUAUUGUCCGAACCACUCUUGGAUUAGGAAUAAUUCAUCAUAAAGGGUUUACACAAUGGAAUGACAAACCGCCGAGACUUUGUGGAUUUCACAAUACUGCACGUAUAGCUGCCACAAAUGCUGAUGACGACAAGAAACGUAAACUAUGGAAGGCACUAGGAUACAGAAAUCUAAAAAACUGUUAUAAUGUGGAUACUAAUAACGCGAGAUGAUAGCUUUACAUGUAGUAUCUAAACAACUUUAUACAUUGUUCUCCAUACAAAGCUAGGUUUCGACUUUAGUUGCGUAUUGUUCUUGUCUCUACUUUCAUCUCAUGUCACUGUUAAACGGAAUCUUCAUUUCAUUGUUACAUCAUGACUUGAUAAUUUUUCAGAGUCUUAUAAUUGUGUUUUAUAAACAUUUAUCAUAAUAUCUUGCCACAAAGGGACAAGUUUAAUACAUGGAAUUUACUUAUAAAGAUGUUUCGUUUGCCUUUUCUCCGAUGAAAUCCAAGACUAAAAUAUAAAUCUGAUCUCAAAACUGUACGUUUUCCAAAUCUUUUGAACAAAAUUUUAGCAUCAGUCCAGCAUGUUGUUACUAUAGCACAAGUUCAAUAUAUGGAAUUCACGUAUAAGGAUGUUUCGUUUUGCCUUUUCUACCGUGAAUGAACUUGUGUCUGAUUUCACAAAGACUGCAUCUGAUAUAAUUUGUAAACAUGCUCCAUUGAAAGAAAGAUCAAUUACUGUUAGACCCAAACUUCCAUGGUACUCUGGAUAUCUUAAGCAAUUAAAACAGUACAAAAGAUCAAUAGAGAAAAUAUACUUAAAGGACAGGUCAGAUCUCACAAAAAUAGUGUACAAUAAUGUAAGAAACUCCUAUACUGCGACAAUAGCAUCAGCAAAGGAUGGGUUCUAUCAUGGUAGAAUUGGAGAGGCUGAAGGGAAUGUGAAGAAGUUAUAUAGCGUGACUUCAGACUUGCUUGGGCGUUCGAAGGAUAACCCACUUCCACCUCACACCAGUGAGACGGCACUUGCAAACGAUUUCUUGCGUUACUUUAGUGACAAAAUCCUUAAACUUCGUGAAGAUCUGGAUAACAUAAACACAGAAACAUCAUCUUCAGUGAUUGAUAGUAUUAUGGCAUCUGAUGUACCAUCAAGUGAAAAUAUCAUGAACAAAUUUAAACCACUAAAUGAAAAAGACAUAAUCAAACUUGUGAGUGAAUCAAAGUCAACAACAUGUGAGUUGGACGUUAUGCAAACACCAAAGCUGAAAGAAAAUCUUCAUUUGCUUGCACCUGUUGUGACAGAAAUCGUGAAUCGGUCAUUGUCUUCUGGUGUUUUUCCAGAGACGUGGAAGAGCGCUGUUAUCAAGCCCCUUUUGAAAAAGAAAGGCCUUCCCUUAGAAUUGAAACACUAUCGGCCUGUAUCAAACCUGUCAUUCUUGUCGAAAAUUCUUGAAAAAGCUGCAAUGAACCAAAUUUCAAGCCACAUUGAGUUCAACAAUUUGUUACCAUCUUACCAAAGUGCAUACAGUAAAUUUCACAGUGUUGAGUCUGCUAUGAUGAAAAUGUACAGUGAUCUGCUAGAAACAGCUGAUAGCCGCCAUGUGACAAUAGUUGUAAUGAUUGAUUUAAGCGCCGCCUUCGAUACUAUCGAUAUACCAAUAAUACUUGAAAUCCUACAGAAAGACUUUGCCAUACAGGGUAUUCCAUUAAAGUGGAUCGAAUCUUAUUUAACCAACAGAGAUAUGAAAGUUGUCAUUGAACAGUCCUCAUCGGAUACUGAACCACUGAGGUUCCCCAGGGUUCUUGUGCUGGAGCGGUGAUAUUUACUCUCUAUAUAGCUGCCCUUAACAAAAUAGUCCAGAAAUAUCCGGCGGAAUUGUAUGGAUAUGCAGACGAUCAUAAAGUGGCAUUUAAAAUUAGAGCUGGUGACCAUCACAUCGAAGAAAUCGUUCGCCAAAAACUCACUGACUGUCUUAAUGAUAUUGUGUCAUGGAUGACUAGAUUUAAGUUAAAAUGAACAAUAGCAAAACAGAAAUCAUCAUUUAUGGUACAAGACAUCAGCUGAAGAAAUUGAACAUUUCCAGUGUCAAUGUUGGUGGGGUCGAAGUCAACUGUGUUGACAAUGUGAGAGACCUUGGAGUACAGAUGACCAGCACUUUAAGUUUUGACAUCCAUAUUCAAAAGAAGUGUCAGAUUGCACACAUGCAGUUAAGAAAUUUAAAAGCAAUCAGAAAACAUCUCUCUCAGAAAUCUGCAGAAAUCCGUGUUCACGGUUUGAUUCAUUCACAUUUAGACUUUUGCAAUGGAUUAUUCGCUGAUAUUCCAGCCUAUCAACUUGAUAAAUUACAACGUGUGCAGAAUUAUGCUGCUAGAAUUGUCACUGGAGCUGCUUACUAUCAAUCCAGUGCUGAAAUUCUUAAAUCACUCCACUGGCUUCCAAUUCGAGCAAGAACCAUGUACAAAGUUAUUGUGACUGUGUUUCGUGUUGCAAAUGGCACCACUCCAUUGUAUCUUCGUAAAUUGUUCACUAAAUGCCAGAGUCAUUACAGGAAAAGACUGAGAUCCUCAUCAUCUAGCCACAUUCGGUUUGAUAUACCAUCAACAAAUUCAAAACUUGCUGAUAGAUCCUUGGCUAUUGUGGGAACUAAAUGGUGGAAUUCAUUGCCAGACUAUCUGAAGGACAUUACCAAUGAAAAUCAGUUUAAGGCCAAACUUAAAACAUACUUGUUUGGACUGUUUUUCAACUAGAGUUGUAGAUUGGCUGUGCCAUCGAGACUGGGUUUGGGAGUGUCUUGAUCAAGCAUAUGUGUAUAUAGCCUUAAAAAUGUACAGCGCAAUCGAAUAUUUAAUAAAUUUUUGCGCUAUAUAAAUGUCUUGUAUUUGUAUUUGUAUUUGAAAUCCAAGACUAAAAUAUAAAUCUAGUUGAUCUCAAAAAUGUACGUUUUUCAAAUCUUUUGAAAAAAAUUUUAGCAUCAGUCCAGCAUGUUGCUACUAUAGCACAUUUGUAAUAAAUAUAUCUUUUGCAUGUUCAAAAGACUUGAAAAAUAACGUUUUUAUUUGAAAGUUAUUAUUUAUUUGAAGUUCUAAUGGAUUUUCUGAAAUUUCCCAAUUGAAACAUAAAACACUCUUAAAGUUAAAACGGUCGUAUAAUUUACUAUGACAAACAAAUUUAUAUUUGUAAUAAAUAAUGCGUUGUUCUGUUUAUCUGAAGUCAACUUGUAAAGUUAUCAUAUAAAGUUCAAAGAAAAUCGUCAAAUAAUAUUCACGGAAAAUCGUCGAAAAGUCGUCAUAUUACUUACGUUUAUUAUUUCAAAAAGAAUUAUGAAACCCGACAUCUUACAAUAAACAGAAUUCUUGUGCAUGUAAUAUUGUCAUAUAUUCUUUCCUUUUUCAAUGAAUUUCAACCAUAUGAUCUUUGCAAUAUAUUUUUAUGGAAAAGCAUACUGUCAUGUUCCUUUCAUAAAGGUUUUUAAUUGCCAUUAGCUAAUAAAAAAACAAUAUUUGAUAUCAAAUUUCUUGUAUAUAUAUUUUCGAUUGUUUCUCUCUGUCAUCGCAAAAAGAUAGAGAAUAAUUGUUUGUUUUGCCUGUAAGAUUGAAUAAUAUUUCACUGAGUGAACACCAGAUGCAAUAUUUUCACGAGUGACGUAGCCACGGGUGAAAAUAGAAUAGCUGGUGUUCACGAAUGAAAUAUAUAUUUUAAUCUUAUAUGUAAAACAAAUACAUUUUCUUUAUAUUUCAUGCCUUUUAACUGAUUUUAAGUACGUUUUUUACUGAUAUAUAACUGUCUAAUGCAAUAUGAAAACUCGAAAAGCAAUGACUGCUACCAGCCCGAAGAAUAAGUAAACAAGCCAGCGUUCAUAAGGCAGUCUUUCAACAAUUCCAUGUUUUCCAAUUUCCUAGCAGCUUUUUGAAUGUUUACACAUCUGUCAACACUUAUUUAUUGUCUGUAACAAUCCUCAAAUAAGUUUUGUUUCUUCUAAAAAGAUGUAUGACUAACAAAUCCAGAAUCGAACGCAAUUAAUUUCAUUCCGGGAAAUACACAAUUUUUAAAAAUGACGGCCGAUUACCUUUCACAAAGCCAGGUCUAAUAAAAAUUCGCCGUGAGUAACGGAAAUAAGGUCGGAUGGUGUGACUUUUCUUCUACUAGAAUUGUUUGUUUUUAUUAUUAAACAU